AUGGUAACGUUAGGUUUUAUUUUACUUACUGACGGAUCGCGUUGCUAUUCUCCGAUUGCACUGGCAGGUAGCCUGGUCGGCGCAACACCGGUUGCGACUUCACGUUUCGGCGGAGGCGGCGCGGAUUUCGGCCGGUCCUGGGGCGGACAGCGCACGCGCGCGUAUCCCCCACAUCGGCCGCUCAAAGUUAGGCGGCGCGCCGUCCAGCGCGCUCGCCUGAGACCGAGUCCGCGGGCGAAAUCGGCAAUCCACCUAUUAGAGGAUGCCUUCGGAACGCGAGGCCGGAACAUACAAGCCCAAGCAUUCCUCUGGGCGCGUUGUUUUGACGAGAUCCUGUCCAAACGCAAGCGUUGUGAUGAAGAGCGCAAUGAGAAACUAGGUCUAUUA